GUGCUAUAAUGGACAAUCCUACACCUUGCAGCCUGAGUAAGCAUGGCUAUCUGUGUAAGUUCCCCUUCGUAUGUCACGACUUCCGACCCAAUAUGACCAAAGCUGCAAUCGCCGAAAGGCGGGCCAUCGCGGCUAACGUGAGUGCCAAUCCCUUCGCCGUCACCUGGUUCACCAAAACACCGGAUCGGUGGCCUGGCCCCAAUUACGGAAUCACCAAUUUCGACAACCUCGCUGCUUCUAUGCUCACGGUUUUUCAAUGCGUCACCAUGGAAGGAUGGACCAAUGUUCUCUACUGGAUGAAUGAUUCACAAGGCAUGGAGUGGCCCUUUCUAUACUUUGUUAGCCUUAUAAUUAUUGGCUCGUUCUUCGUAAUGAACCUCGUCCUGGGUGUCUUGAGUGGUGAAUUUUCCAAAGAAAGAGAAAAGGCCAAAAAAAGGGGCAAGUACCAAAAGGCAAGGGAACAGAUGCAGUUCGCUGAAGAUGUUCAGGGAUACUUGGACUGGAUUGGCGCGGCUGAAGAUAUAAGCGAUGACGAGGACAACGCCAACCCCCUGGAUGACAAGGAGAAGCUGAUUGUUCUUGUCUUUCUUAAUACCGGUGUCCUCACUUCGGAACACUACGGUCAACCAUUAUGGCUAGAUGCCUUUCAAAGAGACGCUAACAUCGUUUUUGUGGUCCUCUUUACAAUAGAGAUGCUGUUGAAAAUGUACAGUCUCGGAGUGAGGUGUUACUUUGACUAUAUGUUCAAUCGCUUUGACUGCUUUGUGGUAAUCUGUAGUAUCCUGGAGAUCGUUUUUAUAAUGACCAACUUGAUGCCACCUCUUGGUGUCUCCGUGUUUCGAUGUGCUCGCCUACUCAGGGUAUUCAAAGUUACAAGAUAUUGGAACAGCCUCCGAAAUCUGGUCGGUUCACUGUUGGCCAGUAUGCGAUCGAUCGCCAGUUUGCUUGUCCUUCUCUUCCUCUUCAUUGUCAUCUUCGCUCUUUUGGGAAUGCAGAUAUUUGGUGGACGGUUCAAUUUUCUAAGUCUCCGAAAACCACGCUCAAAUUUCGACAAUUUUUAUCAGGCGCUUACAACAGUGUUUCAGAUUUUAACCGGCGAGGACUGGAAUGAAGCGAUGUACAUGGGAAUCAAAUCCUACUCCAAUCAGCCCUUCGGAAGCCUUGUUUGCCUUUACUACGUGGUUUUGUUCAUUUGCGGGAACUGUAUCCUUUUUGGCCCAUAA